UCCCUUCAAAUCAUACCUGCCUCUCAACGCAUACUAUUUCUCUCCCUUUCUCUCUCUGUGCCAUUUAAUUUUCGUCCAUUCUUUCUCCGGCACCGUCUCCUCCCUUUCUCCGUCACCAUCACCAUCACCGUCGUCUCCCACUCAGCUACUACUACUAAUCAUGAACAUUGCUUGAAUCGGACAUAACUUCCCCAACUCUUGUUGUAACUUCACGAUUUGAUUCAAAACACAUCCCAUCGAUUUAAGCUUAUCAAAAUGAAAGGACCCCGAAGAUUAUCGAGGAGUAUAAUGAGAAGCCAAAAAAGCCCUGAAAUAGAAUCGGAUGAAAGUUCGAAAAACAAACGGGAUCAGGAUAAUGAAAGCGAUGAUCAAACGUCUCCAAGAGGCGUGUUGGAAGUCGUUGGAUCUGGUUCAGAUUCCGAUAACAGUAGCUACAUAAGUAGAAGCGUGAGCGAGAACAGUUAUGACUACGCCUCACGCUCCUGCUUGUCGUUCAAGGCACCUGCGGCGGCAGGAUGCGACGGCGACGGGGAAAACAACAGCAAUAGCAACAUGAAUCCGGUGUCUCCGACUUCGGAAAUAGUACAGGCGGAGGCGGUGCCAUGGAGGAAUUUGAUUGAUAAUUUGAAGUGGAAAUCAUUCAGGAGGUUAUCGGCGGCCCCGUUGGUGGCUGGAUAUGAACUUUCGAGGAAGAGUUUCAUGAAGAAAUUGGGCAGGAAUCAUAGCUCGGAGGCCACCAUUAACGAAUUCUAUGUGCCCAAACCUUCGUGGCGGAAUUUCAGUUUUGAAGAACUUACGGCGGCUACUAAUAGCUUCAGCUCCGACAAUUUGCUCGGAAAAGGUGGGCAUGCGGAAGUGUAUAAAGGAUGUUUACCGGAUGGACAAAUUGUUGCGGUGAAGAAGAUAACAAAGAAAGAGAAGAAAGAUGAAGAUAGAGUUGGGGAUUUCUUAACGGAGCUUGGGAUCAUUGCACAUAUCAACCAUCCAAAUGCUGCUAGAUUGAUCGGCUUCAGUUCUGAUAAUGAUUUGUACCUUGUCCUCCAAUAUGCACCUCAUGGCAGCCUUGCAACUUUACUACACAAUUCAGAAGAGAUUGUGGAGUGGAAUAUAAGGUUCAAGAUUGCCAUUGGAAUCGCAGAAGGUUUGGAGUAUCUCCAUUACAACUGUAACAAACGCAUAAUUCAUAGGGACAUCACAGCCUCGAACAUCUUACUAACAGAAGACUACGAACCCCAGAUAUCAGAUUUUGGUCUAGCAAAAUGGCUCCCGGAAAGUUGGGCUCAACAAAUUGUAUCCCCAAUCGAAGGGACUUUCGGAUAUAUGGCUCCGGAGUAUUUCAUGCAUGGAGUAAUUAAUGAGAAGACCGAUGUUUUCGCUUUUGGGGUUCUUUUGCUCGAGCUUAUCACUGGUCGUCGUGCUGUUGAUUCACGUCGACAAAGCCUAGUAAUCUGGGCAAAACCGUUGCUUGAGCAAGGUGAUGGGAAGGGACUCGUGGAUCCUCGAUUAGGAAAUGACUACGACCUUGUGGAAUUAAAACGAGCAAUGUUGAUUGCUUCAUCGUGCAUUCAUCACAUGCCCGAUAUGCGCCCAAAUAUCAAACGGGUUUUACAGAUACUAAAGGGGGAGAGCCCGGCCGUGGAAUUGAGACAGAAAACGUUUGACGGGAGAUCAUUGAUUGCAGACACCUGCGAUUUGGAGGAUUAUACGUGUAAAACGUAUCUCAAAGAACUCAAUCGUCAUCGGGAACUCGUUAUGGAAUGACGAAUCGAUUGAGAUCGAGAUC